AUGGCUUCUUCUUCUUCUUCAUCUUCUUCUUCAAUUUCUUCUCCUUCUUCCUCCAAAUCUCCUCCUUUAAUCUCUUCUCGCCAUUCUCCACAAUUCACUCCUAUUCAAGAAGAACAUGAAUUUGAUGAAUAUAGCAAUGAAAACCGAAGCCAAAGUAGAAGAACAACACCCACAAAUUCAACAACACCGAAUCAUAAUCAUCAUCUCCAUCAUAUUCAUCAUCCACCAACACCAAUCGUUAACAAAAACACGAAAAAUCACAAGAAGAAACGUUCUGAGACAGAUCAAGAAGACGGUUCAGUUUCAUGCAAUAAAUGCAGACCGCAUUCUCGCGACAAAAUCUUCAUUCUUCCAUAUGAUCAAACCAAUAGCGGCAACAGAAACUAUUCAUCUUUGUUAGCAAGUCCAAAUGGGAUUUUCAAAUCCAUUGUUUCAAAACUAACAAGAAAAAGUCCAAUGUCAUCGUCAACGAGUAACACCAAUAAUAACGAAGAACAGUGGAAAAUGGCAGUUUCAGAACUCUCUCACAAGCUUGUUCAAGCUACGAGGAAAAGAGAUGAAGCUCUUCAAGAAGCUUCAAGGCUCAUGAAUUCAAUGUCUGAGUUAGAGAAAAAACUCAACAAACUGGAAAUCUAUUGCCACAGUUUGAAAUCCGGUCUUGAAGAAUGCAAUAUCAAUAGCGUUGCGAAUUCUUCGGUUUCUCAGAAAAUUUGGCAUCAUCAAGUUCUUCAAGACACGGACAACAACGUUGUACAACACUUCUUGGUGUCGGUUUCUGAAGCAAGAUCUUCGGUGAGGCUUCUAAGUCGUUCAUUAACAAUGCAACUUCGACACACGGGAAACAAAGUUUACGAAAAAGUUUCGUUACUUCUACAACCCUAUGAUAUAAAAAUCUCGUUUUCAAAGAAUCCAAGAAGUUUGCUUUUCUACCUAGAAGCACUUUUGAACAAGACAUUCUUUGAGGAUUUUGAGUCAAUAUCUUUUCAAAAGAACGGUUGUAACAGAAUCCUAAACCCAAUGGAAAGAUGUGAGUCGAGUUACACCUCAUUCAACAUGAUUCAUGGUUUAACAUGGGACGAAGUAUUGAGCAAAGGAACAAGACACUUUAGCGAAGAUUUUAGUAGAUUUUGCGACAGAAAAAUGAGUGAGAUUGUCGCAAUGUUGGGUUGGAAUAGAGCUUGGUCGGAACCAUUAUUGCAGGCUUUCUUUGUUGCUUCAAAAAGUGUUUGGAUGGUUCAUUUGUUGGCGAAUUCGGUUCAUCCAAGUUUAACAAUUUUUAGAGUUGAUAAAGGUGUGAGUUAUGAUUCUAUUUACAUGGAAGAUAUGGGAGGAGACAAAUCUUCAAGGUUGGUACCAAACAUGGUUAGGAUAAUGGUUGCACCUGGUUUUUAUGUCUAUGGUAGUGCUGUUAAGUGUAAGGUUCUUUGCAGGUACUUGACAAAUUCCAACAUUGUCAACCAUAACAACAAUGGUAACAAAUUACAAGACAAAGGUUUAACACCUUCACCUUAA